CGCUGGUACCGGUAUGUAUUGGAAACUGAAUGAAAGGGAAAAGUUGGCAGCAUUGCUUUGGGUUGUCAUUCGAGACUGUCAAAGGUCAGGGGAUAAUCAUCAGCUUGGAGUUUUGCGUAUUUUUUGGUGCUAGAUUUUUUCAAUUUUCUAGGAGCAACAAAAUGUCACAGGCAAUGGAUGAACAACGUUCUGAGCGAGUUUAUGGCGGCUGCGAAGGACCCGAUGCAAUGUACGUCAAACUCAUCUCUUCUGAUGGGCACGAAUUCAUCGUUAAACGUGAACAUGCGCUCACCUCAGGAACCAUAAAAGCCAUGUUAUCUGGUCCUGGUCAGUUUGCUGAAAAUGAAGCUAAUGAAGUUAAUUUCAGAGAAAUACCAUCACAUGUAUUGCAGAAAGUUUGUAUGUACUUUACUUACAAAGUGCGAUAUACAAACAGCUCAACGGAAAUCCCCGAGUUCCCUAUCCAACCAGAGAUUGCAUUAGAACUGCUUAUGGCCGCAAACUUUCUGGACUGUUGAGGACGAGAAUUAGUUUUCACAUCAUCUCUUAAUAAGAAUAUGUAAUAACAGAUGCAUCAUUUCAUAUUAUUUUAAUUUAAAAUGUCUUCAAAAUUAAAUCGAUAUCUAGAUGAUGAUUUCUAUUUCCCUGAUAAACAUAAAUAUGGAAGCUAACUUAAUUGUAGAUAUAAAAGGUUUGUUUGGUAUAAUAAUAGAAAAAAUCAAGAGUAUGCGAGGAAAACAACA